ACUCUUGCUGUCAAAUUAUCUCAAAUCUCUCUCUCUCUCUCUCGCGAAAUCUUUUGUGUCAGUGCGCCAUCUUUAAAUUUUCUUUUUCCCGCAGACACCGACGUGUAGAAAACGUGUUAACGUAGCGAGUGUCUAUUUUUCCAUUUUUCAGCAAAAUGGGUUUCGUGAAGGUUGUAAAGAACAAGCAGUACUUCAAGCGUUACCAAGUCAGGUUCCGCCGGCGUCGUGAGGGCAAGACCGAUUACUAUGCCCGCAAGCGUCUGAUCUUCCAGGACAAGAACAAAUACAACACCCCGAAGUAUCGUCUGAUUGUCCGUUUGAGCAACCGUGACAUCACCUGCCAGAUUGCGUACGCCCGCAUUGAAGGGGACCGUAUUGUCUGCGCCGCUUACUCCCACGAGCUGCCGCGCUAUGGCGUGAAGGUCGGUCUUACCAACUACGCCGCUGCUUACUGCACUGGACUGCUGGUUGCCCGCCGCAUCCUGCAGAAGCUUCGCCUGGACACUUUGUACACUGGAUGUACCGAUGUGACCGGUGAAGAGUACUUGGUCGAACCAGUCGAUGAUGGCCCAGGAGCGUUCCGUUGCUAUCUGGACGUCGGUCUGGCCCGUACCACCACUGGUGCUCGCAUCUUCGGUGCCAUGAAGGGUGCUGUCGAUGGUGGCCUCAACAUCCCCCACUCCGUCAAGCGUUUCCCCGGAUACAGCGCCGAGAACAAGAGCUUCAACGCUGAAGUCCACCGCGCCCACAUCUUCGGCCAGCACGUCGCCGACUAUAUGCGCACUCUGGAGGAAGAGGAUGAGGAUGCCUACAAGCGCCAGUUCAGCAAGUACAUCGCCCUGGGAAUCAAGGCUGAUGAUAUUGAAACCAUCUACAAGAACGCCCACGCCGGAAUCCGCAAGGAUCCAGCCUUCCACAAGAAGCCGGAGAAGAAGGUCACCAAGAAGCGUUUCAACCUGGCCAAGCUAACCCUCGAAGCCCGCAAGGCGAAAAUCGCCAAGCACAAGGCCGACUUCCUGGCCAAGAUCCAGGCCGAUGUCGAAGCCUAAACCAGUCUUUUGCUGUUACGCUCCAGUGGAUAAACAUCAUCGGGAGCCUGCACCGUGCCACAACGCCAUCGGUGGCCCACGUUGUCCAUCUAUUGCUAAUCUUUAUGUAGAUAAGCAAUAUUUGUAAUUUUUGAAUAAACGUAAUGUUUCUAUUCAGCUGCAACGUGAGAAAA